AGGCAGCGGAGGCCCCUGCCAGCUCCUCCCAGAAGGACUGGGCUGGGGGAGCAAGCCGGAGAGGAAGCUACUCCCCUCCUGGCUCUGAACGCCUGCUGAUCAGAGGCCAGGAACCGGCGGCGGCCUACAGGCCUCCAGGCUUCACAGCCCCGUUUUUCCCGCCCAGAGAGGGGCCCGCGCGCUGGGGGCAAAGUGCUCGGCCCACCCGGUGUAUGUUCGGAGCAUCACCCACCUACCCACCUCAAGCCCUCUUCUCUCCUCCGAAGGCCUCCCCUCCCGGAACGCUGAAAUUGCACCUUCUCGGCCUCGCGGAAUUCGGACUUCCGCCAUCCUCACCCCACUUCAUGUGGCUCUUGGAGAAAGCCGGCUACAGGCUGGGGGCCCCGGAGUCCGGGCCCCGAUGGGCGCCGUCCAACCUGCUCCCCAAGCGCCGAGCCCGGGGCCCUCCCGUGCGCGCCUGUCCUAACGUCCUCACCCCCGACCGCAUUCCGCAGUUCUGCAUCCCGCCCCGGCUCCCAGACCCCGGCGGCGCCCAGCCCCCGGCUGGGCGCGGCCUCCCCGCGGCCUGUUCGCUGCCGCACCUGGCGGGCCGCGAAGGCUGGGCCUUCCUGCCUGAGAGCCCGCACACACGCCGGCGCGAGUCCCUGUUCCACCCGCCGCCCCCCGCCGCCGCCAGGGGGCUGUCCCCGGCGCACGCCCGGCUGCACGUAUCCGCCCCGGACCUGCGCCUCUGCCGGGCCCCCGACAGCGACACGGCCUCGUCGCCCGAGUCGUCGCCCUUGGGCUCGCCGCGGCCAGACCCCGGCCGGCCCCGGCCGCGCUCGGCGGCCCGGGAGGAGGCGAGCUCCGCCGGCACCAGCCCGUACGCGCCGCGCCGCGCGGGGCCGCCGCUCUUCCACCCGGACUUCCCGUGCUGCCGGCUGCGGCCCACCAAGGAGAGUGUGCUGCGCCUGGCGCCCGGAGGGGGCCAGCUGCGGCUCUCCGCCGAGUACCUGGCCGGGCCCGGGCGGCUGCGCCUGCGCCUGGUGAGCGCCGAGGGCCUGCCGCGGUCGCGGGCCGGGCCCGGGAGCGGCGGCGGCGGCUGUUGCGUGGUGCUGAGGCUGUGGCCGCGCGUCCGGCCGCGGGGCCAACGGAGCCGCGUGGUCAAGUGCAGCGCCAACCCCAUCUUCAACGAGGACUUCUUCUUCGACGGGCUGGGGCCGCCAGACCUGGUGGCCCGCAGUCUGAGGGCCAAGGUGCUAGACCGGGGCGCGGGCUUCCGCCGAGAUAUCCUGCUGGGAGAGUGUGAGACGCCUCUUACGGCCCUGCUGCCCCCCUUGGGUGGGGAGCUGGGUCCAGGGGCCUCCCUGGCGCCUGGCCAUCUCAGCCCAUAGGCUGAGAACCUGUCUUUUCCUCAGGAGGCCUCCACGCGAUCUGCAGUAUUCGUUCUUUUCAGGCUGCCUGGCCGGUAUUUAUUUUUGCUAAUAAAGUGCCUGCUUCUAGCAGGGUUUCUCCCCUGUUGGCACCCUAUA